CGUUGUCCCAGCGACGCCCCACCAUGCUCCUCUUCUCUCUGCCCCUCCCCCGCCUACUUUCUCUCACUUAAUCGGUGCCCAGCUUGCUUUGCCCUCCUUCCUCCCGCAAUGCUCGGGGGGCUAAACCCUAGCCCUCUCGUUUUGCUUCCAGGUAAAAGGUCAUACUCUUGAGGCAUGUCUAAGAUGAAGCUGAUGGCACUUUGCCAUCUUGUCAAUGAUUUGAUGGAUUUGAUGUUAGUUGGCCUAUCAUGUGCUGCAUUGUAUUAAAGCUUCCAUUUGUUUACGUUAUCAGCUUCCAGGCUUUUGUUUGAGGAUAGACGAUAGCAUACUAUUUGUUCCAAUUUCUUGGUCCUGUUCAAGGUUCUGUAUGGUAAUUACUGAAGUGGGAAACUCUUUCUCUAUCUCUAAAAUCUGUCAAAGAGGAAACUGUUAGUAUGGGGGCAUUUUGCUGUUGUCCAUGUUCAGAGGAGUUUGAAGAAUAUGCCCAUCCAAGCAAUCCUAUAUACAGGCACUGCAUAUGCUUGAGAUAUUUCUUUCACCAGCUGUUCAGUGGGGUAAUGUUAUAAAAUCACAGUAUAGCGCAACAUUUCAGAGACUAGAGGGGCGGACAGUUGCUUCCCCUGUUCAAGCAGUAACUCCAUUGACAUCAACAGGAAUUGGCACUACUUCAGCUGACAGUUCAUUGUCUGAGACAUACCACCUUGUCCCUCGACCUCCACCUUAUGAUACAGAUUCAAGAUUUUCUCGUUCACAACGUGAUGGGUUGGUCUCAAGGAGGGAGAAGUCUAUGAGCCACUUACAAGAACAGCCACAGACCCUAAGAAGAAAUGGAAGUAGCUCUGCAGUGGAACAUUUAGGUUCUAUUAAAAAAAGGAACAGUGCAGAAACUGAAGAAGAAUGCAAACUUAGCCUUUCUGAAUCAGAGAAAAAUCUAUAUGCAAAAGCUUAUGGUACUGGUUAUGUGGUAGCGACUUCAGAAGAUGAAGAUGUUUGCCCUACAUGUCUUGAUGAAUAUACUCCUGAAAAUCCAAAGAUUGUGACAAAAUGCUCUCAUCAUUUUCAUCUGAGCUGUAUAUAUGAAUGGAUGGAAAGAAGUGACAGUUGUCCAAUUUGUGGCAAGGAGAUGGAAUUCUGUGAGAGCCCAUGAUUUAAAUUUAUCUUCUCUACAUUUUGGUUGAGAAAUACCAGAGAAUGUAGUGGAGGGAGUUUGUGUAAAUAAAAGUUCUGCAGCCUCAGCAGUGAGCUACCAACCAAAGAGCAGGGUACUCAAAUAUAUUGGCAUGGACAUAAGUAAAAAUUCUGUAGCAUAUCGGUUAACGAUAGUGUUUUCAGAUGCUACUGUUGUACUUUGUGUUAUGUAUCCUAUAUUGAAAGUUUUGAGUUCUAUAGCAUUGUCUCUAAUAAUAAAAGCAGUGUUGCAAAACCU